AUGGAAAAGGGUGUCAGUUUCUGGGUUAGGUUGGGCAGCCGGUGUUUCGGUGGUUGCAUACGUUCGGAGGAUGGCGUUACUGGUGAAAGCGACUUGAUCAGUAUGGUUCCGGACGAGAGCCGCAUGUUGCAACUGAGUGACUACACCGCUAAGAAUGGUAACCUAAUACCAGUAUUGCCUGAUGAGAUUGAAUUUCGGCGUAUGGAUAAUUACCAUUGCCGUGUGCUUACAAUCGUUGACCAAAGUCCGAUUGCGGUACGAAGCUUGGAAGAGAUGACUAAGGAGCUCAGCACAGUGAAGGAACCCGUGGCUAUGGUCCUGCCUCCAAGAUUACCGUUUGAUUUGAACAAUGAGCAUCCGUCGCUGGAGAGCGAGGUGCUAUCGGACUCAGAGGACGAGGGUGUUUCAAGACUUAAUUCUAACGACUCCAAUGAAGUGGACACGCACAAUGACUGUCAAGUAGAUGAAGCGUGCUACAUAUUGGCCGACCGUAUAUACCAGAUCGAGAAGUCCAAGCUAGAUGGCCGCUGUGAAGAGAGGUGCGGCAGUGAAGACUACAGUCAGACUACUGCACCACUAUCUCCACUAGAUGCUAGUGUGAGUACUACAUUCGAGGGUUCUAAAGUUGGUUCCUCUGGAUACCGAGAUUGCGUGAGUUGUUCACCUGGACCCUGGGAGGACUUAGAUGAUUGGGCUACAUUUCAGUUAGAGAGUUCGAAAAGUGAAGUGUCUAUAAGUAGUGAUAGUGAAGUUUCCCGCCCAUCUCUAUGGACUUCAUCGCUUACAUCUGAUGUGAAGGCAUCCAAUUCACCGAUUGAUGAGCAUGAGGCUAUCGCUAGCUAUUUGGCUAGCUCCGUUAGCUGUGUAGAUGAGAACGAUAUCAAGUCACCUACAGAAAAUCUACAUCACGUAUCUGCCUUUUGCGACAAGCCUCCUAUGGCUUUCAUUGAUCCAUUUGACGAGCGGGAUGAAGAGGACUUUUGGCCAUUUGCAUUUGGUGCGGGCGUAUGGAAGUAUAUGGUGGGCAGUUCUACUACGAAUGCAAGCUGUGACUCUUUUGACGUGAAUGUUGAGGGGUGCAUAUCGUCCUUUUACUCAAAGGAAGGUAGGCUUUGCGUCGAUAGUGGCGUAAUAUCGCCUCAGAACUACGCCAGCUGCGCUGUAUGA